AUGAGUGAAUCUACAUCUCAACAAACGGAUGAAAAUCCAGACGACGUUUUGAAAAUACUAGUAGCAAGCGAUAUUCAUCUGGGGUACAACGAAAAAGACCAGAUUCGAGGCGAGGACAGUUUCAACGCAUUCGAAGAAGUUCUGCAGAAUGCUGUAGUGAACGAUGUAGACAUAAUUCUUCUCGGUGGCGAUCUCUUUCACAUGGCCAAUCCUUCGUUGAAUACACUGAAUAAGUGUUUCCGGCUGUUGAGAACGUACACGCUUGGCGAAAAGCCGAUAAAGGUGGAAUUUUUGAGCGACCAGAAUGAAAACUUCCUGGAGUCGCUGAGCCGCACCGUAAACUAUGAGGAUCCAAACAUGAACAUUGCCAUACCGCUGUUUUCCAUUCACGGAAACCACGACGAUAGCACCGGAUUCGGCUGCAUCAGCUCGAUGGAUUUGCUGAGCACAAAUGGAUAUGUUAAUUACUUCGGUAAAUGGAACGACGUGUCCCAGAUCAAAAUCCGCCCGAUCAUGCUGCAGAAGGGCCAGACAAAGUUGGCUCUGUACGGGCUCAGCUUCAUCAACGAUGCUCGACUCUGUCGGCUCUUUGCCGACGGCAAGGUGUUCAUGGAAAAACCGGACGAGCCCGGAUUCUUCAACAUAAUGGUGCUGCACCAGAACCGGGCGGAACGCGGGCUCAAACAAUACCUGCCAGAGAACGCGCUCCCCGAGUUUCUGGAUCUGGUGAUCUGGGGACAUGAGCAUGAUUGUCGCAUCGUGCCGGAAGAGAAUCCGGUGCGAAGGUUUUACGUAUCGCAACCCGGCUCGACGGUGGCCACGUCGCUUUCCGAGGGCGAAGCGCUACCCAAGUGCUGUGGGUUGCUAAGCAUUUACAAGAACGUCUUCCGUAUGGAUCCGAUUCCGCUCAAAACGGUGCGUCCGUUCGAGUUUGAAACGAUAGAUCUGGCCAAAUUGUCGAGCGAGCUGGAACUGGAAGAGGGGGACAUACAGCAAAAGGUAAUUGAUUAUGCUGCCGAACGAGUGGAAGAGUUGAUCAACCGAUCGCAAAAGAAACUGACAGGGUACGAGCGUCAACCCAAGCUGCCGCUCAUUCGGCUCCGACUGAUUGUCUCAAACGUUCAGCAACAGUUCAAUAAGGUUCGUUUCGGGGGUCGCUUCCAAGGACGCGUAGCCAAUUCGCAGGAUAUGGUGAUUUUCAAGGUCAAAAAGGCGAUCCGGCCGAAGGAAGAAAAUGACGCGGCCGUCGACAAAGAUAGGUUGCACAAAGCGUAUCGGGAGGGAGCCCAGCGUGUGGAAGAGAUCGUGAAUGAUUACUUCUGUAAUGCGGACGAAGAGAACCAAUUGGAGGUGGUGACACCACGUGGCAUGUUGGAAGUUUGCCGCCGUGGUGUUGACCACGACGAUGACGACGCGAUGGAAAAAAUCCUUAACUUCUACAAAGACAUUAUGGUCGAAUAUCUGCGCUCCAAGCAACCGGCCACCGAGGAAAACAUCGAAGAGCUUUGCGCCGAAUUUAUGAGCAAAACAGUAGAUAUUGACGACAAAAUGCUUGCCAUGUUGGACAAGCGGUCGCAGAAGACACCCUUGCUGCCUUUGCAGCAUUUCAACAUCGUCGAUGACGAUGAUGCAGUGUCACGAAACGACGAUUUGCCUUCGGCAAGGCCUGUUGCUACACGUGGUAGCUCGAAAACGGAAAAGCCUGUAAAGGCGGCACCAGCGAAACCCCGGGGUGGAGGUACGCGUGGCGGUCGAGGAUCUCGAGGAGGCAGAGGUGCUAGCAAAGCGGCUACCGCUGGUGCAAGCCUAUCGCAAGCUUCUAUCAGUUCCAUGUUUAGCCAAUCUUCUGCCAACAGUUCGAUCUCGAGCGUGGCCACCAGAACACCGGUCAGAAAGGCCCCACAACGUGCCCGUCAGAUGAGCUUUGAUUCGGAUGCCGAUUAA